CGUUUGUCAAUUUUACGUUGUUUAUUAUAUUUAUCCCUUUUUGCAAAAGCGGAACCACUGUGUAAGACAUACAGGAAUUAUGAGCAAUAAUUUGAGUAUAUUUCAAAAUUAAACCUUCACUUUCAGCUCAUAUUUCUCCCAGUCAUUGUUUACAUUUUUCGUAGCCGUGGUCCAGCUCCAGAGCGCAAAGUUCUUGCAGAGUUCUGCCACAGGAAAGUGCUUUUCCACGGUUACGUAACUCGCUGAGUCUCCACGCCGUGGAUCCUGCCGGGCAGUCCCACAAUGCAGAGCGCAUGGCGCGUCAUUGGAGAGAGCCGAUGAUGAUGGCGGCGGUUGGUGCACCAGAAGUGAUCACACAGCUGGAGAGCGCUGCCAAAGUUUUAAUGGCACCGCCGUCCAUGGUCAGCGCAGAGCAGAGGCACCAUGCUGAACAUGUAUUCCUCUCCUUCAGGAAGUCCAAAUCGCCGUUCGCCAUCUGCAAGCACAUCCUCGAGACCAGUAAGGUGGACUACGUGCUGUUCCAGGCGGCUACAGCCAUCAUGGAGGCUGUUGUGCGGGAGUGGAUCCUGCUGGAGAAGACCAGCAUCGAGUCCCUCCGGGCAUUCCUCCUCACCUACGUCUUACAGAGACCCAACCUGCAGAAAUAUGUCCGUGAGCAGAUCCUGCUGGCUGUGGCAGUCAUCGUGAAGCGAGGCUCUCUGGACAAAAGCAUCAACUGCAAAAGCAUCUUCCAUGAGGUCGGCCAGCUCAUCAGCAGCGGGAACCCCACAGUGCAAACCCUGGCCUGCUCCAUCCUGACCGCUCUGCUCAGCGAGUUCUCGAGCUCCAGUAAGACCAGCAGCAUCGGCCUCAGCAUGGAGUUUCACGGCAACUGCAAGCGCCUCUUCCAGGAGGAUGGCUUGCGUCAGAUCUUCAUGUUGACUAUGGAGGUUCUGCAGGAGUUCAGUCGCAGAGAAAACCUCAACGCUCAGAUGUCCUGUGUCUUCCAGCGCUAUCUGGCUCUGGCCAACCAGGUCCUCAGCUGGAACUUUCUGCCUCCCAAUCUAGGACGCCACUACAUCGCCAUGUUCGAGGCCACGCAAAACGUCACGCUGAAGCCUACGGACUCCUGGAGGGAAGCGCUGCUGGACACCCGAGUCAUGGACCUCUUCUUCUCUAUACACAGGAAGAUCCGAGAGGACUCGGACAUGGCCCAGGACUCCCUCCAGUGUCUGGCCCAGCUGGCCUCCAUGCACGGGCCCGUCUUCCCAGACGAGAGCGCCCAGGUUUCUUAUCUGGCUCACAUGGUGGAGGGCCUGCUCAGCACCAUCAACGGGAUUGAGAUUGAAGACUCGGAGGCGGUGGGCAUCUCCAACAUCAUCUCAAAUCUGAUCACCAUGUUCCCCCGGAGUAUUUUAACGGCGCUGCCCAGCGAGCUCUUCACCUCCUUCAUCAACUGCCUCACACUGCUCACCUGCUCGUUUGGACGCAGCGCCGCCCUGGAGGAGGUGCUCGAUAAAGACGACAUGGUUUACAUGGAGGCCUACGAUAGGCUGUUGGAGUCGUGGCUAACACUAGUGCAGGACGAGGAGCACUUUCCGCGUGGCUGCUUCGUCCAGCCGGCCAUCCAGGUGUUUAACUCGUACAUUCAGUGUCAUCUGGCCGCUCCUGAUGGCACAAGGAAUCUGUCUGUAAAUGGUAUAGCAUCGCAUGAGGAGGAGGAGAUCAAUGAGCUGCAGGAGGAUGACAGAGAGCUGUUCUCAGACCAGUUGUCCAGUGUUGGCGUGUUGGGACGUGUGGCUGCAGACCACUGUAUCCCCCUGCUCACAAGCCUGCUGGAGGACCGAGUGAACAGGUUGCACGGCCAGCUCCAGAGAACCCAGCAGCACCUCAUGGCCUCAUCUGAUCUGGGAUCAGUGGAUCGUAAAGUCCUUGAUGACCUUUAUGAGGACAUCCACUGGCUCAUACUGGUCUCAGGUUAUCUACUGGCAGACGAUCCUCAGGGUGAAACCCCACUGAUCCCCUCUGAAGUGAUGGAGUUCUCCAUCAAACACUCGACAGAGGUGGACAUCAACACAACGCUGCAGAUCCUCGGCUCUCCGGGGGAAAAGGCCUCCUCCAUACCAGGCUGCAACCGCACAGACUCUGUCAUCAGGCUGCUGUCUGCAGUUCUGAGGACGUCAGAAGUUGAGUCCAGGGCGACCAGAGCGAGCUUGACGGAACUUCUGAGUCCGCAAAUGGGCAAGGACAUCGUGUGGUUCCUCAGACGUUGGGCUAAGACGUACCUACUGGUAGAUGAGAAGCUCUAUGAGCAGAUCAGCAUACCUCUGAGCACAGCAUUUGGUGCAGACACAGAGGGAGCCCAGUGGAUUGUGGGAUAUCUGCUAGAGAAGGUUAUUAAUAAUCUGUCAGUGUGGAGCUCAGAGACGGAGCUGGCAAACGACACAGUGGAGCUUCUGGUAACGCUGGUAGAAAAGAGGGAGAGGGCGAACAUCGUGGUGCAGUGUGAGAGCUGGUGGAGCCUGGCGAAGCAGUUCGCCAGCCGCAGCCCACCUCUCCACCUGCUGUCCAGCUCCGUGCAGCGUUCCCUGAUGAAGGCUCUGGUCCUGGGAGGCUUUGCCAACAUGGACUCCGACACCAAGCAGCAGUACUGGGCUGAGGUGCUUCAUCCUCUGCAGCAGCGUUUCCUCAACCUCAUCAACCAGGAGAAUUUCGCUCAGAUCAGCCAGGAAGAGGCUGUCAAACAGGAGAUAGUCGCCACACUGGAGGCGCUGUGCGGCAUCGCCGAGGCAACGCAGAUCGACAACGUGGCCUCGCUGUUCUCUUUCCUCAUGGACUUCCUGUCCAGUUGCAUCGGUCUCAUGGAGGUAUACAGCAACACGCCUGAAACAAUCAACCUCAUCAUAGAGGUGUUUGUGGAAGUGGCUCACAAGCAGAUCUGUUACCUGGGAGAGACGAAGUCCAUGAAGCUGUACGAAGCCUGCCUGACGCUGCUGCAGGUCUACUCUAAAAACAACCAGAGCAGGAAGCGGAGCGACGCCACGGCCGAGGAGGACCAGUACCAGGACCUGCUGCUCAUCAUGGAGCUUCUCACAAACCUGCUGUCUAAGGAGUUUAUAGACUUCAGCGACAAUGAUGAGGUGUUUCGAAACCAAGAGCAGGGGACACCGGCGUCAAAUCGGACCGUCUCUGCAGCAGACGUCGUUCUCUACGGGGUCAAUAUUGUUCUUCCACUCAUGUCUCAGGACCUGCUGAAGUUUCCUUCUCUGUGUAAUCAGUACUACAAGCUCAUCACCUUCAUCUGUGAAAUCUUUCCAGAGAAGAUCCCACAGUUGCCUGAAGACCUUUUUAAGAGCCUCAUGUUUUCACUGGAACUGGGAAUGACCUCGAUGAGUUCAGAAGUCAGUCAGCUGUGUUUGGAGGCUCUGUCUCCUUUGGCUGAACAAUGCGCCAAAAACCAGGAGAAGGACUCGCCCCUCUUCAUCGCCACCCGGCACUUUCUCAAGUUGGUGUUUGACAUGCUGGUGCUACAGAAACACAACACAGAGAUGACGGUGGCAGCAGGGGAAGCCCUUUACACACUGGUGUGCUUGCAUCAGGCGGAGUACUCGGAGCUGGUGGAAACGCUGCUCUCCUCCCAGAGAGACGCCAUCAUCUACCAGCGGCUGGCCGACGCCUUCAACAAGCUGACGGCCAGCAGCACGCCGCCCACCAUGGACCGUAAGCAGAAGGUCGCCUUCCUAAAGAGCCUGGAGGAGUUCGUGGCCAACGUUGGCGGCCUCCUCUGCGUAAAGUAACCACUAAGAACCUGCGCAGCCGUGAAUACUUUAUCCAACCAAUCAAAGACGCCCUUCGUGCCCCAGCCCCUCUGCAUCACACCUGGGAACUACACUCGAUAUAGACGUUUUGAGGCUCUGCCGGAUCCCUCUGCCUCCCAGGAUCCUUUCUCAGCCGAAUGUUUGCCAUUAUUUCACCUGGGAUCCCUUUUUUAAUCAUUUUUUGUUUUCACCCCUCUGUACAAUCGCACCCGCGGCGUCUCGAGAGCUGUUGAUGGAGAAGUAAUCUCUUCAAACCGGACUGCAGAGCAGACGGACUCGGUCCAAGGUUCCUUCUUUGUUAGAGGUACAGAGUGCCGGCCAUCAUGAUAAUGAAUGGCAGUGCAGAGGCUGGUGUUGUCCUCCUCCUGCUCAAGAGUGUGAAGGCUUCUGAUAUGUACACACACACACUAAGGAUGAGACCUGAUGCCAUUAGUUAGAUUCUGGAUGUGAUGUAACUUUCUCUUAGUUCAGUGUCACAGCAAACACACCCCAGUCCUUCCCAGAGUGCCUUUGUUUUCUUGAUUGUUCGAUGUUUGCAUGAAUGGACCAUGUCAUACAUCAAGUCAAACUAUAAAGACUGUGCCUACCUUCUGCCAAGAGUACAGCACUUCCAGUCCGAAAUGCAUGCACAAAAACCGUUGCCAUGACAGCCGAUGUGUGGCCGCGUCCGGCUAUCUUUUGAGGUUUGCUGAACCACAGCACAAGAGAGCAUUUGCUUGUUGGCGACGACAGAAAACCAAAAUAAAGAUGCUGUGUGUAUAUAUAUAUAAAUAUAUAUACAGUAAACGUAUAAAUGUAUGAUGUUUUCAACCAGGAACCUUUGGAAAUGUUCAGUUAAAGAAUAAAGAGGACUGAAAGGUUUUUAUAUGCCAGUAGAGAUGGCAGGUUGUACGAGUUCAGCUAAAGAGGGAGCAACUUGCACCAUGUUGACCUUAGCGGUUUGAUGGUUUGUUUUUCUGUUUGGAUCAUAGUUGACCUUUCUGUGAGGCGGAGCGGGUUAUUUUUCUACAGCAGCACAUCCACAGGACGACUCCUCAGACAAACACUGGAUUAAAGCAGACUGUUGGAAGCGAGAGACAGCAAUAACUUACCAAAUAAAAAGGAGCAGAGCCACUUGUGGAAGCAUUAUGUUGGAGCCAGAAUCCUCUUCCUUGAGAGCACUAUCCCAGUUAUUGUAUGUGGCUGUUUUGUUAAUGAAGUAUAAAAGUGUACAUAAACUAUUGUAUAAAA